ACAUCUCAUCACGUUAGUGAUUAGUCUCCAACUUCUCCCCAACCUUCUCACCCUUAAAUUCCCAAAACCACCCUUGUCCCCACCAUUCCCUCUCUCUCUCUCUCUCUUCUCUAUCAUGAAAAUCAAACCUCUCUGAACACUUCUCACACAUUAAUCUCUCUCUCUCUCUAAGUCCAUUAACUAGUUGCUCUCUCUCUAUAUAAACAAGUGGUCUUAUCUGUUCAUUUGUCUCUCACUUGAUAAUGCAGCCAUGAAAAUUCUCUCUUUCCAUCCAUAGAAUAACCCACUAAAACACAAACACAUACACACACUCUCUCUCUCUUAGGGUUUCUUCUGUCUUCAGUUUUCAUUUCUCUCACACGCACUACUUAGAUGGAGAAGCACAUAAACAAUAUGGGAUCUUCUUCGGCGAUGGCAGCAACACCAACAACGUUCGUGCAAGCAGACGCGCACACGUUCAGGGAGCUCGUGCAGAAGCUAACAGGAGCCAGCGAAGACGAUUCAGAGAAGCUACCCAUCACAGUUCCGGCGAGAUUCUCGGCAAGAUCGUCGAAUUCUAGCGACGUCGUGGGGCCUCGUCGGCCAGCGUUCAAGCUCCACGAGAGGAGACAGAACAUGAGGAAGCUGGAAAUCAAGUUGGGUCUCACUUCACUCCGGAACUCAACCGCGCUGUCUCCGAGGCAGAACCACCUGCUGGUGUCACCGAUUUCGAGCCCGGUCACCCCACUGAGCCCCGACCCACUUUUCUCCGGCCACUUCCCAGGCUCUGGAAGCGAGUCUCCGUCGUCUCCGGCGGUGUCGGAGGAGGAAAAGGCAAUAGCAGAGAAGGGGUUUUACUUGCACCCAUCACCGUUGAGCACUCCAAGAGGGUCAGAGCCGCCCGAGCUUCUACCUUUGUUUCCGUUGUCUUCUCCCAAACAACAAUCUCGGGAUCCGUAAAAAGCUUCAAACAACGGUAGGUACGACGGAGGAUUUUUCGGGUUCAUCUUCUUUUCUAUAAUGUUUUUGUUCUUCUGCCAUUUUUGGUGGGUUCGACGAUCAGUCCAAAAACCCAAUUUCUCGUUCUGGGUUUCUGUGUUUGAUCUGCUCUUAGUUCGAGAGAACCUUAACGAAGAUGUACUGAUCAUCUUUACUUUUGGAAUUCGAACUGAUUUUCCUCGAAUUUGCUUCCAA